AUGACGAAUUGGGAGAAGGGCCACUACAUCAAUUACAAGAAAAUGUCGGAAAACCUUGCCGUCGUCCGCAGCAGACUCAACCGUCCGUUGACCUACGGCGAGAAAAUCCUCUAUUCCCACUUGGACGACCCUCACGGACAAGACAUCGAGCGUGGGGCGUCAUACCUGAAACUUAGACCCGAUCGAGUGGCUUGUCAAGAUGCUACCGCACAGAUGGCCAUUCUUCAAUUUAUGUCCGCCGGCAUGCCUUCAGUUGCAACUCCGACUACUGUCCACUGCGAUCACUUAAUCGAGGCUCAGAUUGGUGGAGAGAAGGAUUUGAGCAGAGCGAAGGAUAUCAACAAGGAGGUGUAUGAUUUCUUGUCCUCCGCUUGCGCCAAAUACAACAUCGGUUUCUGGCGACCUGGCUCAGGCAUAAUCCACCAGAUUGUUCUUGAAAAUUAUGCUUUCCCAGGUGGCCUGAUGAUCGGUACAGACUCCCACACGCCAAACGCUGGCGGUCUUGGCAUGGCUGCGAUCGGUGUUGGCGGUGCUGAUGCUGUCGAUGUCAUGGCCAAUCUGCCCUGGGAAUUGAAAGCACCCAAGUACAUUGGUGUUAGGCUAACUGGCGAAAUGUCUGGCUGGACGGCUCCCAAGGAUAUCAUCCUCAAGGUGGCAGGCAUCUUGACUGUAAAGGGUGGCACGGGGGACACCAUCAUUCUUCACUGGUUCGGAACCGAGAGACAUCACGCUGCCUGGCCUGUGUGGAUCAACUCCAACGCCAACAUGAUGGGUGCUGAAAUUGGAGCAACCACUAGUUUGUUCCCCUUCAACGACCGCAUGUACGAUUACCUAGCGGCUACCAAACGUGGGGCAAUCGGCGACUUCUCUCGCAGCUACGCCGCAGAACUUCACGAGGAUGAGGGUGCUGAGUACGACCAGCUCAUCGAGAUCAACCUUUCAGAGCUUGAGCCGCACAUCAACGGGCCCUUCACGCCCGACUUGGCCACCCCCAUCUCCAAGUUCAAGCAGGCAGUCAAGGACAACAAGUGGCCCGAGGAACUCAAGGUUGGCCUCAUCGGUUCUUGCACGAACUCUUCCUAUGAAGACAUGUCUCGCGGCGCCUCAAUUGCUCAGGAUGCCAUGGAUCACGGCGUCAAGGCCAAGUCGCUCUUCACCGUCACACCAGGAUCAGAACAAAUCCGUGCGACGAUCGAACGCGACGGUCAACUCAAGACUUUUGAGGAAUUUGGCGGAAUUGUCCUUGCCAAUGCUUGCGGUCCCUGCAUUGGGCAAUGGGACCGUCGGGACGUGAAGAAGGGAGAAGCCAACUCGAUCAUUUCCUCGUACAACCGAAAUUUCACUGGGCGAAACGACGCGAACCCUGCCACCCAUUCGUUCGUUACAUCUCCAGACUUGGUCGUUGCCAUGACCAUUGCUGGCAGCCUCAACUUCAACCCUCUCACCGAUACCCUGAAGGACAAGGAUGGAAAUGAUUUCAAACUCAAGCCCCCGGCUGGUGACGGUCUGCCGAAGAACGGAUAUGACCCGGGUCAGGAUACCUACCAACCACCGCCUGAGGAGCGUGAAUCCGUAGAAGUGCAGGUCUCUCCAACCUCCGACCGUCUCCAGAUCCUCCAGCCAUUCGAAGCUUGGGACGGCAAAGACUUCGAGGAUCUUCCUAUUCUCAUCAAGACCAAGGGCAAGACCACCACUGACCACAUCUCCAUGGCUGGUCCCUGGCUCAAGUAUCGUGGUCACCUCGACAACAUCAGCAACAACAUGUUGAUCGGUGCCAUCAACGCCGCCAACGGCGAGGCCAACAAGGUCAAGAACUUCAAGACUGGUGAUUAUGAUGCUGUGCCUGCUACUGCACGUCAGUAUAAGAAGGAAGGGAUCAAAUGGGUCGUCGUCGGUGAUUACAACUACGGUGAAGGUUCUUCGCGAGAACACGCUGCCCUUGAGCCCCGCCAUCUCGGUGGCAUCGCCAUCAUCACCCGAAGCUUUGCACGUAUCCACGAGACCAACCUAAAGAAGCAAGGCAUGUUGCCCUUGACCUUCUCUAACCCCGAGGACUAUGACAAGAUCAAUCCCGACGACAAGGUCGAUCUUCUGGUCACUGGCUUGGAACCCGGCAAGCCCCUGACCAUGAGGGUACAUCCCAAGGAUGGAGAGCCAUGGGAGUGCGAAUUGUCUCACACAUUCAAUGCCGGUCAAAUCGAAUGGUUCAAGAAUGGUAGCGCUUUGAACACGAUGGCCAAGAAUCAGGGCGGAAAGUAA